CGAACCGCAUGUUCAUCACAAGUGCUGCUUGCACUCCGGCAACCAUCUAACAUCCACUGCACCGUCUGCAGGAUUUAAAAAAAAAAAAAGAAAAAAAAAAGGGCAGCUUGCUUCGCGCGCACAAACAUACACAGACACACACACACACACACACACACUCGGAUCUGCAAGGGAACAUAUACCGGUGGGGGACCUUUUUCUUCUUCAGCAGGCGCCAGGGGAGCUGGAGAUCCGCAGGUAAUUGCAGUGUUCCUCCGACGUUUGGCCGACAUGCUGGGGAUCUGCGUGUGUCUGUGUGUGGUUUUCACGCAUGUCCUCUCUCAGGAGGCUGAGGAGCCCGUCUCCUACACAUGCACAGAAGGCUACGAGUAUGACAGAGUCAGAGAGCAGUGUAGAGACAUUGACGAGUGUGCUCUGCUAGCUGAUGCCUGCAAAGGAGGGAUGCAGUGUAUCAACCACUUUGGUGGAUACCUCUGCCUCCCCAAGAGUGCCGUCAUCUAUAUUAGUAAGGAGGGCGAGCAGGUGCCGCUGCCGGAACCCGUGCCUCACGUCCCUCCUGUCCUGCCAAGCCAGCCUCAGCCCCCACCUGUGUUUUCUGGCGGCCCCAGAGGCCCUCUGCCCAGCUGGACCGUCCGCUGUUCACCCGGAUUCACUGCAGAUGAGCAGAACGUCUGCAGAGACAUAGAUGAAUGUGCGACGGGUAGACACACUUGCGGCCCUGAACAGACAUGCUACAACACCAGAGGCUCCUACACCUGCCAGUGUCCUCCGGGCUACCAGAGGAGCGGAGACCACUGUGUAGACAGGGACGAGUGUGCCCUGACCCACUACUGCAUGCACAGAUGUGUGAACACCCAGGGCUCGUACUACUGCGAGUGCAACGCAGGUCACAAGUUGGCCAGCAACAACCACAGCUGUGUUGAUGUGAAUGAGUGUGAUGUGCAGAGUCCCUGUCAGCACCACUGCUAUAACCUGAUUGGCUCCUUCCUCUGCCAGUGUGACCAGGGCUACGAGCUGGCACAAGACAUGGUCUCCUGCCAAGAUAUUGAUGAAUGCAGUUUCUCCAGCUACAUGUGUCAGUACCAGUGUAUUAACAGCCCAGGAAGUUACUCCUGUGAGUGUCCAGAGGGAUAUCAGCUCCAGGGAAACAGGUUGUGUCAAGACAUAAAUGAAUGUGAGACGGGGACCCAUAACUGCCAAGAUGAUGAAAUGUGCUGGAACUAUUAUGGAGGCUUCCGCUGCUAUCCCAGAAACCCCUGCGAGGCGCCUUAUGCCAAAACCUCUGAAAAUCGCUGUAUCUGCCGCUCUCAGGCUGAGUGCCAGGGUCUCCCACCAUCAAUUGUCUACAAAUACAUGAGCAUCCAGGCAGACCGGACUGUGCCAGCGGACAUCUUCCAGAUUCAGGCAACCAACAUCUACGCCAACACACACAACACCUUCAGGAUCAAAGCUGGGAAUGAGGGAGGAGAAUUUUUCCUGCGGCGUUCCAGCAAUGUUAGUGCCAUGCUAGUGCUAACCAAGCCUCUGUCAGGCCCUAAGGAGUACAUUGUGGACCUGGAGAUGAUCACUCACCAUCUGACCAUGAACUACCGCUCCAGCUCACUGCUGCGGCUCACCAUCAUAGUCGGGCCCUACGCUUUCUGAGCACUGCAAUUCCCAGCAGCCCACAUACUGGUUCAGCAAACAUAGCAGUGUAGCACAGCAGAUGCCUUUAUCAGCAUAAAAUACUGUACAUUUUCAUACAAUACAUGCAUACAACAUAUAACAUAUAACAUAGGCUGUCCCAGACUCAUACAGACGCACAGCAGUUCCAAUAGGCUUGCUCAAGACAAAACAGUCCAUGCUGUAACCACGUGACCACUGGGCAUCUUUUUCUCUCAAGGUGCUGGGAAGCAUUGUGAUAAAAGGUUCAAGUGUCCUAAAGUAUCAGGCACUGUGUUUCAGCAACUGCACUUAAAAACUAAAACACUUUUCAUCUUUAAGUUGAAACAUUUUGGACUUUAAGUGCCUGAAGUGGACAUAAGAAAGAUGCUGUAUGCAGCAUUUUCACCUGCAGUGGUUGUUUGCUACUUCCACACUAAAAACAAUUGGGAACAGAGCAGUGGCACAUAGGAAAAGAGGCCUAGUGGACACACAUCUUCUCUCUACUGUGAUCAAUCUUUGAUGCGACUGUACUUACAUUUAUCACUUUGUCCAAAUAAGAACCGCUUGCAAUAACCAGUUUGUGCAUCAGUGAAGCACUCUGUUGUAAGAAAGAGGAAAAAUCAUAUUUUCUAUAUUAAUGUACAUGACAAAUAUCCAGUAUGAGCAUCUUUUGAUAUUUAAAAAGUAAUUUGUAAAUCACAGCUUUUGUUGAUACAUGUUGUAGGGGUUAGUACUGCUGCGCCACGCUAUUCGUGCAAGUUUCUGUAUAAUUUUACUCAUGAGUAAUAAUUUCCAGAGAAGUGCAGAACAGUUCAGAAGUCUAAAGGGAGGGAAUUUGCCUGUGAGUUGAGAGAGUGCUAAACUUUGUAUGACAACAGGCUUCAUGCUCGUAGACUGUACUCACAGAAGUUAAGUCGUGUACAUACCUAGGUAACAAAUCUGUGUGUGUGUGUGUGUGUGUGUGUGUGUGUGUGUGUGUGUGUGUGUGUGUGUGUG